AUGAGUCACCGGUUUCCACUGCACGACAAGGUGUUUCCUCCGCUGCACUUGUCCGAGUCGACCAAGGCGACAUUCGUCGACAUGGCCCACCAGCAGCUCACCUUGGCGUUGCACGACUACGAUAAGUACCGGAGAUGGCAGGCGUCUCGACCCCCGAGUCUUCGGCACCAGUUGCAUCCAGCAAUGUGGAAACCUGUCAAGUCCUGUGAACAGCUCACUGUCUACCGGCAAGUCCCGAGAGACGAUGCCGUCGUGACGAUUCCAUCGAGUACGAAGCCCCGCCGGACACGGAGUCGAACUCUGGACGGCAUCGACUUGCCUCCCACGACUUCAAUCGCCACGACUGCAACCACGGACUCGGUGUCGUCGUCUGCUUCAUCGAAAAAGUCCGUCACUGUGUCCUCGUGGACGAUUCCGAAGCGAGGGUCAAACCCAACAGCUACUAGAGAGUGGCUGCUGCCAACGUUGCUGCAGGUCGGAACCAUUGAAGGGACGCUGGACGACGUCAUGUACGGCUUGACUUCCUUUGACGCUGCUGGGUCGUUGAUCCGCUCGUCGUACACGGACGAAGAGGUCGUGGACGCCGACACGUUGCAUCAACUUCAGGGACCAACCCGGAAGGAGCCAUUCCGGUUCCUCGGACUCAAGUGGGUCGUCCGAUCGGCUUCGUCGACGGUCAAGGCGUUUAUCUGGCCACGAGACGUGACCGUCCUUGCAUCGACUGGAGUGCUCACUCGUCCAAGUGGUGAACGCGUGGGGUAUCACUUGAUGCACUCGGUGGACCUCGGCCAAGGCUUUGGUCCGCUGGAACGAAAGCGGAUUGUUCGUGGCCAGGUCUCGUCGUGUUAUCUGUAUCGCCAGACGUCGACAAACACGGUGGAUGUCCACAUGAAGACGAACUUUGAGCCGCAUGGAUCAGCUCACGAGAGCGUCGCGUUCAUGUUUGCGGUAAACAGCCUCACGUACUGCUUGAAGUCGGCCAUCUGUGCGCAAAACAAGAAGUUGUCGUGGCUACUUGCUCGCCCCAAGACAGCCGAGCCGCAGAGUGGUGCGUCCACUCGACCGGACAAGAUCACCGUGAAGAAACAGCGCUCGGACUGUUGCGUGUGUACGAAACCCAUCGGUCCCUUCUCGCGAAGCCACACCUGUCGCGUUUGCGAUGCUCGAGCCUGUCACACUUGCUUUGUCAAGAAGAAGCUGAGCUUCUCGGGUUCCGGGCACAAGACAGUGGAGCAGCGCUCGGUUGUGAUCUGUACGCACUGCCUCACGCAUGCGCGAAGGUUGGCGUCGCUGGACAUUGCACGACAGGAAGUUACGCAGCGUGAGCGGUUGGGUCGAAGACGUGGGCUGCUUCAUCACGGCACGGACGCGACGUCACGGAGCCGGGGUCGUCGUAGCAACAGCCGAGUGAACAAUCCCGGCAAGAAUCGAUCGACGAGACACGACGAUCGAGACGAGUUGAGAGCUGCUGAAGCCGAGCGGAAUGUUCGCUCUGCACCGGUGCGACGGGCGAGUCGACCGCUACUUCGGGCCCGUUCGCUCCGAAAGGUGACGUCAAGUACGAAAGCCGCUUGGGAUGACAACGCCGACACGGAAGACGACGACGAUGAUGAUGAGAAGCAGUCGAAGUCGAAUCGGUUCGCCGACGUUCAGCCUCGUACGAAGCACCGAUCAACGCAAAGCGAUCGUGGCAGAAAGAUCGUGCUUGAACCCGACGUCGUCAGUCCUGUGCUGGAGGAUCGAGAGCUGCAGAGUCUCGACAUUGACGUACAAGCCGGACGCAGUUACGUCGUGAGUGUGCAGGCAACUGCUGCAAUGCCGAUGCCGGAUGACUUACUGCCUGAAGCGGUGGAGCAGUACGCGUGGGGGGCAGUCGUUCCCUCGCCGGUGAAUUAUCAACCGGUUGAGCCUCAAACGGCGUGGCCGUCACCUCCGUCGUCACCGUCUAGUUUGCUGUCACUGCCUGAAGGUGACCGAUGUACUGGUGCGAUAUCGCAGGUACCGCAGUCGUCCAUUCCUCGUAUCCAAGCAGGAGCAUCGACGCAAGAAGUGCUCGCUCCAGUUUGCCGAGCUUUGCCAUGCUGCGGACAAUGUGUACUGGGCAGCGAAGAUGCACACGGUGGACUUGCCGGAGCCGACGUUGUUCUCCAAGCGACGAAUCUCUCGACUGGACAUGAGCGCAGUGGACUAGAAGCAUGGCUAGGGUGUCAACUUGCGACGUGGGUCUAG